GCGGUUCGGCUCAACAGACGCUGGUCUGCCGGCGCCGGGGAGCGGAGCUGUGCCAGUAGCCGCGGACAGAGCUGGGACGACUGGGAGGAGUAGGAGGCGGCGGCUGCGGCGCCGGACCGGGCAGCAGAGGUACGCCCCCUUGCAGCGCGACUGCGGCGGCGGCUGCGUCAGGGUCCCCAGGAGGCGGCUCGGGGAGUGAAUGCUCUGGGGGUGCAACCAGGCCUUCGUGGGCCGGAGUCGGGAGGAACCCGGGCCCCGGCGUUGCGGUAGUGAAACAAAGGCACAUAUCUUGAAGGCACCAGCACCUCCUACCAUUGUCAACUGAUUCUUACAGAAAUCUGUUAAUUCUACUUUUUGAGCACUAUGAAUAACCACGUAUCUUCAAAACCAUCUACAAUGAAGCUAAAACACACCAUCAAUCCCAUUCUUUUGUAUUUCAUACAUUUUAUAAUAUCACUUUAUACUAUUUUAACAUACAUUCCAUAUUAUUUUUUAUCUGAGUCAAGGCAAGAAAAAUCAAACCGAAUUAAAGCAAAGCCUGUAAAUUCAAAACCUGAGUCUGCAUACAGAUCUGUUAACAGCUUGGAUGGUUUGGCUUCAGUAUUAUACCCUGGAUGUGAUACGCUAGAUAAAGUUUUUAUGCAUGCAAAAAACAAAUUCAAGGACAAGAGUCUUUUGGGAACACGUGAAGUUUUAAAUGAGGAAGAUGAAGUGCAGCCAAAUGGAAAAAUUUUUAAAAAGGUUAUUCUUGGAAACUAUAAUUGGCUGUCCUAUGAAGAAGUCUUUGUUAGAGCUUCUAAUUUUGGAAAUGGCUUACAGAUGUUGGGUCAGAAGCCGAAGACCAACAUUGCUAUCUUCUGUGAGACCAGAGCAGAAUGGAUGAUCGCUGCACAGGCCUGCUUCAUGUAUAAUUUUCAGCUCGUUACGUUAUAUGCUACUCUAGGAGGUCCAGCAAUUGUUCAUGGAUUAAAUGAAACAGAGGUGACCAACAUCAUUACUAGUAAAGAACUCUUACAAACAAAGUUGAAGGAUAUAGUCUCUCUAGUGCCACGCCUGCGGCACAUCAUCACAGUGGAUGGUAAGCCCCCGGCCUGGUCGGAGUUCCCCAAGGGUGUCAUCGUGCACACCAUGGCUGCAGUGCAGGCUCUGGGAGCCAAGGCAAGCGUGGAAAACAAACCUCAGAGCAAACCGAUGCCCCUAGAUAUUGCGGUGAUCAUGUAUACAAGUGGAUCCACAGGACUUCCAAAGGGGGUCAUGAUCUCCCACAGUAACAUCAUUGCUGGGAUUACUGGAAUGGCAGAAAGGAUUCCCGAACUGGGGGAGAAGGAUGUUUACAUUGGAUAUUUGCCUUUGGCCCAUGUUUUAGAAUUAAGUGCUGAGCUUGUCUGUCUUUCUCAUGGAUGCCGCAUUGGCUACUCUUCACCACAGACUUUAGCAGAUCAGUCUUCAAAAAUAAAAAAAGGAAGCAAAGGGGAUGCAUCCAUGUUGAAACCGACACUAAUGGCAGCCGUUCCGGAAAUCAUGGAUAGGAUCUACAAAAACGUCAUGAAUAAAGUGAAUGAAAUGAGUAGUUUUCAACGCAAUCUAUUUAUUUUGGCAUAUAAUUACAAAAUGGAGCAGAUUUCAAAAGGGUGUAGUACUCCGCUGUGUGAUAGGUUUAUUUUCCGGAAAGUUCGAAGCUUGCUGGGUGGAAAUACUCGGCUUCUGUUAUGUGGAGGUGCUCCUCUUUCUGCAGCCACACAACGAUUCAUGAAUAUCUGUUUUUGCUGUCCCGUUGGUCAAGGAUACGGACUCACUGAAUCUUCUGGGGCUGGAACAAUUACAGAAGUGUGGGACUACAAUACUGGCAGAGUGGGAGCACCAUUAGUUUGCUGUGAAAUCAAAUUAAAGAACUGGGAAGAAGGUGGAUACUUCAAUACUGAUAAACCACAUCCCAGGGGUGAAAUUCUUAUUGGUGGCCAAAAUGUGACAAUGGGAUACUACAAAAAUGAAGCAAAAACAAAAGCUGAUUUCUUUGAAGAUGAAAAUGGACAGAGGUGGCUUUGUACUGGAGAUAUUGGAGAGUUUGACCCUGAUGGUUGUUUAAAGAUUAUUGAUCGUAAAAAGGACCUUGUAAAACUACAGGCGGGAGAAUAUGUUUCUCUUGGGAAAGUUGAGGCAGCUUUGAAGAAUCUUUCACUAAUAGAUAACAUUUGUGCAUAUGCAAACAGUUACCAUUCUUAUGUCAUUGGAUUUGUUGUGCCAAAUCAAAAGGAACUAACAGAACUAGCACGAAAGAAAGGACUUAAAGGGACUUGGGAGGAGCUGUGUAACAGUCGUGAAAUGGAAAAUGAGGUACUUAAAGUGCUUUCUGAAGCUGCUAUUUCAGCAAGUCUGGAAAAGUUUGAAAUUCCAGUAAAAAUUCGUUUAAGCCCUGAACCGUGGACCCCUGAAACUGGUCUGGUGACAGAUGCCUUCAAGCUGAAACGCAAAGAGCUUAAAACACAUUACCAGGCGGACAUUGAGCGAAUGUAUGGAAGGAAAUAAUUAUUCUCUUUCAGCAUCAGUUUGCUGCAGGGAGCUCAGAUCAAAUAGGAAAAUACUUGAAAUGCAUGUCUCAAAUUGUGAGGCAAACUCCAUUCCUCCUGUUAAACCUAAACUGUUGUUUCUCAUGACAUCAUCAUUUUUAACUGACAGGAUUAGUAAAAUAUUAAGACGGCAAACUUGUGUCUGUCUCUUCUUUCUUCCCCUCCUCCAAGUUACUUUACCACCUAGGACUGCACUUGUCAGCAUGAAGACUUUUCCGAAUCAUAUUGGGGGACAGUGAUUUUAAAACCUCAAGUUUUUAAACAUGAUUUAUAUGUUCUGUAUAAUGUUCAGUUUGUAACUUUUUAAAGUUUGGAUGUAUAGAGGGAUAAAUAGGAAAUAUAAGAAUUGGUUAUUUGGGGGGCUUUUUUACUUACAGUAUUUAAAAACGCAAGGGUAUGGAUGUGAAAUUAUGUGAAUUUCAUUCAAAUGCUUAUGAAUCAAAUCAUUGUUGAACAAAAGAUUUGUUGCUGUGUAAUUAUUGUCUUGUAUGCAUUUGAGAGAAAUAAAUAUACCCAUACUUAUGUUUUAAGAAGUUGAGACCUUGUGAAUAUAUGCCUGACAGUGUCUUCUUUAUAUAUUUAUUUUUGCUUAGAAAAAAAAUGAAGUUUGGUUGGUGCUGCAUGAAACAAAAGUAGCAGUAGAGGGUUAUGGUCUCAUAGUGAAGAAGGAAACACAGCAAGGAUAGCACCAGAGGAUAACUGAUCUCUAGUAGCCACCAUUGAAAUAUCCAGAGUCUUCAACUUUUAGAAUUGGAAAUAAUUCUAAAAGGUAGGGUAGAAUUUAAAAAAAAGGAUGGGAAGUUAUUCUUCAUUUCAUUGACCACACAUACAAUGAGUUGUCUAUAUUUGUGACACAUUAAUUAUGGAAAAUUAUCUCACUCUUCUACUUUUAGUCUAGCUGUUUAGUCAUAUAUCAUUUCAAAAAUAGGAUUUUUUUUUCUUGGAUUGUUUGCACUGAGUAUUGUGUGUGUCUGUCAGUGUCUGUUUGUAGCUUAUUAAAAAGGCACCUUAUCCUUUUUACCAUAAGCUUUCAACACUAGAAAAUGAGAAAUAAUCUAGGAUGCUUCUAAGAAUAGCAUUCUUACUAUGAUACAUGAAAAGUUAACUUUAUAAUGAGGUGACUUAAGAUUUAAUUUACAGGCUUUUAAUGUCAGUGUGGAAAUUAUUUGUGAUUCUGAAAACAUUGUAUGAUACAUAGUCAAUCUUUGCAUAUGUAUUGCUUGUCUGUUUAAGUAUUAUCAAGAGUGAUAUUGUUCCAAUUAAGAUGUGUUCAGAUUAGGAUGUAAAAAAGUGAUAGGUACCAUGUUUUUCAUGUCAUAUUAGUUAUUUUCUUAAUUACAUCAGUUAUUUCAGGCACCAAAAGGCAAAACAAGCGAGUAAAAAAUAUCCACGUAAAAAAAUAUGAACAUAGAUCUGCCCAGGCCAAUGGGAGUGUUGAGGCCCUGGGACCUUAUGGUUUUUGGUCACAUCACGAACACAUCCUAUUUGGAGAUACUGCAAUUUUUUUUUCUUGUUUUAAACUUGUAUUCUUGUAUAUAUUUGUAUUAUGUUUGGAAUGCUUUCUUGUCAUAAAUUUCACAGUUUGGAAAAACUGCCAAGAAGAAGCAAAAAUAGGGAAAAUUUAAUGGACCCCUCUCUAAAAAUGCUGUGAUCUAAAAAUUAAAGUCAGCUUGGGUGGAGAGAAUGUGUUUCUGAUGCUUUAUCUUUAGAAUAAUUACUUGCUUUCAAAUGAUGUUUGAAAAAAUAUUUAGAAAAAAAUGGUUCAGUGCCGCAAAGGAGAAAUAUCAGUGUAAUUGUGACUGAAAUAGUGUCAGUUGAAUGUGUAGCUUAUCACUGAUUCAGAGUAAAAGUUGUUCCUUUUCAAAAACAUCUAACAAGGCUGGCUUAAAAUCUGUACGUUGUCCCCUUUUCAUUUUUUAGUUUCCUUUCAUUCCUGAAGUGUCAGAUGCCACGGCAGAAUUAUGAAAAUCCCUUUUGCAUUAAUUUCUGACCCAAGCCAUCUUCAGUGACUUGAAAAUAUUAUUAUCCUUUCAAAAAAAAGUUAAUUUUUUUUGGGGGGGGGGGAGCCACCCAACAACUGUAAUUUUAUUAGAAGAAAAAUACUGAUUUUACCAGGAGAUACUUGGAGGGAAACUCAGGAAUUUCAAAAUAAAUUGCUAGUGCUAAUAUAUCUAAAAGUAGACUAUAUAUUCUAAAAGAAUGUUUUCUGAGAACUAUUUUUUUUUUUUUCUGGAAGGAAGCUCUCUGAAGAACUUUCGAAUCUCUCUAGUAAGUCUUGCAGUUCACAUCUGAUAGAUUGUGAAUUGCCACCUCCAUUCCUCCCUGUCCUCUCCUCUCCCCAUUAUCCUCCUCCCCCAGCUGGUAUUUCUUAGCUUAAACUCCUUUAAAAAGUUUUGACUGUGACCAGAACAAACCUGAAAGCAUUACCUACUUCCUAAAUACUAUUUUAAGUCAUGAAUUUGAUAUCCAUCAUCUUUUAAAGCUUGUGGUUUUUUCAGCAAUGUUUAAAGAUAAACCUGGAAUAACUUUGCUUCCAAGAUACAUAAGAUUUUAUAGUUUUUAAAGAAUUACUCCCUGUGAUACAACUUUAAAACUUAAUCUCUGUGUGGCUUCUUUUGUAAGAAAAAUGAUGUACAUCUGUGAUGUUUUAAAGGGAGACACUUUUAAACAGUGUACAUAUCAGACCACACUGAAUUGUAACGCACCCUUUCCAUACUUGGUUACUCACUGUGAGUUCAAUUUCAAUGUAUUCUUGGUUUAUGCUGUUUCUGCUCGAGGGAGUGUGCAUCAGAAGCAGUAUAGCUACAUGGUUUGAACUGUUUUAUUUGUAACUUGACAUGAAGUUGGAAGAAUAAAGAUAUGUUAAAAAUUUCUGAUA